AUGCCGCCUUGUCAACCUCCAAAACCCUGGCAACCAUCGGAGACGUUUAAGUCACGCGUGCAUAUCGAUUUUGCUGGCCCAGUUAACGGAGUCUCCUACCUAAUCUUGGUUGACGCCUACUCGAAGUGGCCCGAGAUUGCUCCUCUGAUUCCAGCCAUCGCAUCUUCUACUAUCGCCUUCCUACGACGCAUCUCUAGCCAACAUGGCUUACCGGAAGUCCGGGUUUCAGAUAAUGGCUCUCAGUUUACUUUGUCUACAUUUGAGGAUUUCUGCCGCCAGCACAACAUCCAGUAGCUUCGCUUGCGGCCCUACCAUCCUCAGUCUAACGUUCAGGCAGAGCGGUUUGUCGACACGUUUAAGAGAGCCCUCUUGAAAGCUCGUGGGGAUGGAACCACGUACGAGACAGUCCAGGCGUUCUUUUUUUUCUACAGGACAACACCAGAACUGGAGUCCCUUAGUGGCGUUUCUCCUGCCGAGGAGUGGAUGGGCCGAAAACUGCGUACAACGCUUCAUGUACUCGUUCCUACCGGUGUGCGGCCCACGCAGACUUCUCCAGUCUCUCGCUGCAAGCUUUCCUUCGGAACACUUGUCUUCCUUCGUGAUUAUCGAGCGGGGUCCCCAGACUAUAUUGAGGCAAGCAUCGUAGCGCACAGAAGCAGAACGUUGUUUGAUGUCGACGUUGGUGAAGACAUCUGGAUUCGUCACCACAACCAGAUCGGACGGCGACAUUGCAGUAACACAACCGGGCUCGAGUCGGUGCCGUUACUAUCUCCUGACAUCCUACUGGAUACCUUCGCCAUUCCGGCAGAUCUGUCGGUUCCCGAACCCACUGCUGCGCUUCCUUCGGAUGUACCGCCUUCGGUAUCAAUAACUGCCCCGGGUCAGCAAGUUGCCAAGAUGCCGCCUCGUCAAACCCCAUGA